GACGUGGAGGAGUCGGGGCGCGGGGCAGCGUCUCCCGGGCGGGCGCCCACAACCGGCUCGGAGCACCGAGGGCACCGAGGGCUCCUCGGCGCCCCCGGCCCCGAGACUAAGCCUUGUUUAAUCCGCCUUUCCGGUGGGUUUAGUGGUUCCGCCACUUCGGCCCCGAAUGCUGAAGCUGUAACAGUACUUAGGUCGAACUGCGGAAGCGUUCCCGCAGUAAAAUGAAUGAAAAUAAACCUGGUGCCUCACAGAAUCUUGCUUGUGUUUUUUGCCGAAAAAAUGAUGACUGUCCUAAUAAAUAUGGAGAAAAGAAAACUAAUGAGAAAUGGAAUAUCACUGUACAUUACUAUUGUUUGUUGAUGUCAAGUGGAAUUUGGCAGAGAGGUAAAGAAGAAGAAGGAGUUUAUGGUUUUCUAAUAGAAGACAUCAGGAAAGAAGUGAACAGAGCUUCUAAACUGAAAUGCAGUAUUUGCAAGAAAACUGGUGCUUCAAUUGGAUGUGUUGCACCCCGAUGUAAACGAAGUUAUCAUUUCCCCUGUGGACUUCAGAGAGAAUGCAUUUUCCAAUUUACUGGCAAUUUUGCGUCAUUUUGUUGGAAACAUCGUCCUGUUCAAAUAAUUACAUCUAAUAAUUAUAGAGACUCCAUGCCAUGUACCAUUUGCUUGGAAUUUAUUGAGCCUAUUCCAACUUACAGUAUAUUACGAAGUCCUUGUUGUAAGAAUGCUUGGUUUCAUAGAGACUGUUUACAGGUUCAAGCAAUAAAUGCAGGAGUAUUUUUCUUUAGAUGCACAAUAUGCAAUAAUAGUGAUAUAUUUCAGAAAGAGAUGUUGAGAAUGGGAAUUCAUAUUCCUGAAAAAGAUGCAUCUUGGGAAUUAGAGGAAAAUGCUUAUCAAGAACUUCUGCAGCACUAUGAGCAUUGUGAUGUCCGAAGAUGUCGUUGCAAAGAAGGGCGAGACUAUAACGAACCUGAUAGCAAAUGGGAAAUAAAGCGCUGUCAGUGUUGUGGUUCUAGUGGAACACAUUUAGCUUGUUCCUCAUUACGGUCAUGGGAACAAAACUGGGAGUGUUUGGAAUGUAGAGGUAUCCUCUACAAUUCAGAGGAUUUCCAAAAAGCCAAAAAGCAUUCAUUACCCAACACUAAUAAUGUGGGAAUAACUGAUUGUUUGUUGGAAGAAUCAUCACCUAAAUUUCCCAGACAGUCACCUGGAGCCCAGCAUAAAGAUCUGCUGAGGCAAGGCAGCAAAUAUAGAAGAGAUAUUUCAACAAUUAUAAUGGAAUUAGGAUUUCAAAUUAAAAAAAAAACUAAAAGAUUAUGGAUUAAUAAAGCCAAUAUCUGGAAUAGUGCCUUAGAUGGAUUCAGAAAUCAAAACUUUAAUCCUUCACUUACAAUUGAAGUAGCAUAUGUCAAUGAAAAUGAUAAUUUUGGAAGAGAGCAUCCUGGAUCAAAGCAAGAAUUCCUAAGUCUCUUAAUGCAACAUCUUGAGAAUUCACCAGUGUUUGAAGGUUCCUUGUCAAAGAACUUGUCUCUAAAUUCUCGAGCUCUGGAGGAGAAUCUUUACUAUGAAGCUGGCAAAAUCCUUGCCAUUUCUUUGGUUCAUGGUGGUCCUUCACCUGGUUUCUUUUCUAAAACCUUGUUUAACUGCCUUGUUAAUGGGCCAGAAAAUACCCAACCAAUUUUAGAUGAUGUUUCAGACUUUGAUGUGGCACAAAUGAUAAUCAGGGUAAAUACUGCAACAAAUGUGGCUGACUUGAACUCAGUAGUAAAUGAAUGCUAUAACUACCUAGAGCUUAUUGGAUGUCUAAGAAUUAUAACAUCAUUAAGUGAUAAAUAUAGGUUGGCUGAAGACAUACUGGUUUACCAUGUAAUUAAGAGAGUCCAAGCACCCUUUGAAAGUUUUAAGCAGGGUCUGAAAACUCUUGGUGUUUUGGAGAAAAUUCAGACUUACCCAGAAGCAUUUUAUAGCAUCUUCUGUCAUAAACCUGAGAAUCUUUCUGCAAAAGUCCUUAGUGAUCUUUUUACAGUAUGCACAUUAUCUGAUGUCCAGGCUUUGGGGUUUUGGAACAGUUAUUUACAGGCUGUUGAGGAUGGUAAAUCUGCAAUAACAAUGGAAGACCUUCUUAUUUUUGCAACUGGUUGCAAUUCCAUUCCACCUGCGGGAUUUAAACCCACUCCUUCAAUUGAGUGCCUUCAUAUGGAUUUUCCUAUUGGAAACAAGUGUAAUAACUGUUUAGCUCUUCCAAUCACCAAUACGUAUCAAGAAUUUCAAGAAAAUAUGGACUUUGCCAUAAGAAACACUCUAAGACUAGAAAAGGAAGAAAGUUCUCAUUACUUUGGACAUUAAAAUGUUUUGAACAAAGACAUGCUUCUUUAAAAGCUGCUACUGAUAUUUUUUAUUUCGGAAAUCUGUCAAUUUUUAAACAAACUUGUCAGCUUCUUGGCCCAAUAAAAUAUAUGAUAUGAACAUAAAAGAAUGUUUUGGCCAUUUAAGCUAGAAAAAUUUUUGUUAACAUGUGCCAGUCAAAGUUGAUGGUAUUUUUCUAUUAAUAUACAUGUGUCAUAAACUGUAAUAUAGUUUUAAGACAGCUUUACAGACUUUUUUCAAGUAUAAUAGCAUGAUAUAUAUAUAUAUAUGUAUAUGUAUAUAUACACAAGAAAAAAACCUUAUAUUCACUGUUUCUCCAAAUUAGGAUUAGCUAUACGAUGCCACAAUGAUUUUUCUAGUUUUAUGUAAUCUUUGAGUUAUUUCUUAUUUUACUUUAAAGCAUUAAAUAGAAAAGCUAAUUGAUAAAUCCUGUUAUAUGAAUCAAAGGCAUAUAUUCUGGAGCAUGUGUUAUAAGCAUUUUUUCGAGAAUGGCACUAAAUUGGUUAAAAAUGUUUUUAAAUUACUGGUUUAUAUUAAAACAGAUCCACACUGCAAUUAGAUUAUGCCUAAUAGGAAGUAUUAUAUGAGAAAGCAGAAUUGCACAAAUAUUCUAGAACCUACGGACAUUCCAUAGUCUUCAGAACACUUCCAAGGUGGAAAAAUAGUUGAAAAUACCUAAAAAAGUGUUUAAAGGCUUGGCUGUAAGCAUAGGAUUUUUUUUCUCUGUAUCCCAUGUGUGGUAUUAAACCACAUUAUGUCUGAUCCAGCAUCAUUUGGGGUGUCUCAGUUAACUCUGUGGAUUGCCUUUUGGUAGGUUUUGAGUAUUUGACAGUUAUUUAUUAUCUAGUUGGUUGUAUGAUAGGUAAACUGGUACCAUUGCAUUAUAUAGUUGCCUUCUUUGCUCUUGAAAGAUAUGUUAUUGUAUAAGCAAUGUAGAAAUACGUAAGAGAAAUACAGAAUGAAAAACUCACUCUAAUCUCACCGUGCAGAAUUACCUACCGUAUUUCAUUGUAUCUUACUAUAAACCACCUUUCCUUUCCUUUUAAGCUUUAUUAAUGUUACUAAAAGUCAAAGAAUACCUAAAAGUAACAAGAAAUCAUGUAAUAAUGAUUUGAAGAUAUAUAGUCCUAUAGUCAUGUCCCCAUGUUUAUACUCUUGCAAAAGAAGAAAGUGGAAGUUUUAUGUUCCUAAUCUAUUAUCAAAUAUAAAUGAGUUUUCCACCAAAGUAAAUUUAAAUUGGAUGAGAGGUAAAUCAUUAUGAGAAGUUGGACUUAACCACAUUUUUUUUUUACUUAUAUACAAAGCAGGUUAUCAACUAUAAUCAUAAUCUCAUCCUCUUUAAGACAUCUUUAAAUCAUUGAAAUUUUCAAAGAAAAACAACAUAAUACUGGUGAUAUAUCUCCUAAUACCAAAGGAAAACUAAAACAUAAUCCUGGUAUAAUUUUCUUUGUUACAUAUAUUGACAGACCCAGCAAAUUAAAGUUUCAUUUUAACAUGAAAUUUUAAAGAACAUUAUACAAGGCAUUUCUUUGUCUUGUCUUGAAUUGUUAGAUCAUCAAAAGUAAUUAAAAGAUUAAGAAUUUUGAAUAUCUAAUGUAAACUUCAAAUAUGCCAUACAGCUUUUAUUCCAAAUGUGUUGAUAAAUUGGAUAUUUUUCAGUUAUACCUAGUUUUUAUAAAAUUUAAAAAGCCAUUAAACCAAUAGAAACCAAAAAAUUAAAACUAUUUUCUGGUCCUUUGUAGUUUUAAUUUUUCCUACAGUGGUAAUUAAAACUAAUGAACAUUCACACAGUUGUGGGUGGGGGGUGGUAGGGAAGCAAUGUGCUUGGGUUGGCUAUAAUUAAAAACAGUUAUUUCCGUUCUUCAUAUCAUUAUUUUAUGUGUAGACGGGGCCUUCAGGAUAAGGUCUGAUGUAAAUAAUAAUUUAGGGUAUUGACAUUUUAAAGUGAAGCAUACUCAUUACAAAGCAUUUUCUAGGUUGUUUUUUUUUUAAUCUUUUUUUUAUAUUUAUCUAUGAUAAUCAUACACAGAGAGAGAGAGAGAGGCAGAGACACAGGCAGAGGGAGAAGCAGGCUCCAUGCACCAGGAGCCCGACGUGGGAUUCGAUCCCGGGUCUCCAGGAUCGCGCCCUGGGCCAAAGGCAGGCGCCAAACCGCUGCGCCACCCAGGGAUCCCGCAUUUUCUAGGUUUAAGGAUGUUUCCAUUAGCUCGAUUUUUAGGUUAGUCUGUAUAGUAAAGGAGAAUCCUAUAGGUUAUUUAUUUUCUGCAAUGUUACUAUGUCAAAUGGUUAAUAUUGUGAUAUUCUUUUUCUUUUUUUUUGUGAUAUUCUUUUUCUAUUCAUUGUUCUAGCCAAUGCACAACUCUUAUUGACAUUGUUAAAGUAAUUAUGCUAUAAAGUCUUAUAAAUGUAUUAUUUGUAUUUCUUAACUAUUUCAAUCCUCUAAAUGCCAUAUAUUUCAAGUUGGUUUUCUAUUGCUCUCUACUGAGGAAAACCAUAAAGUCAUCUAUUGUAUAUCUACUGUUAAUUUUUGAUUAGGUUUAAAUUCAUUGUUUUUAGACACUUUUUAAACCUUUUGGUAUGGGAACUUCAUUUUAAGGCCUUUUAUACAAUUCUUUACUAUUCUUAUGCUUCAUCAUUUUAAUGCUUUAGUAUUUAAGGUUAAAAUUUCUUUAAAAUGUCUCAUCAGAAGCUGGGUUAUGAUUUUAUACUUUAUAAUAUUUAAUUUCCAUAUUAUGAAUAAGCCAUUAUUUGGGUCAAGUAAAAAGCCUUCAUUUGAUUACUAACCUGAGUAAAUCAAUCAAAUCACUUUGGCUUCUACUAUAUGCCACAACUUUUAAUAAUUUUUUCCUAAAUUUAUGGAAGCUAUUGGAACUUUUGUAUUCCAUGCUGAAUGCUAAGUAAAGGAGAUAAUAAUAAUAGGUAAGUUUUCUCUGUGACUUUGCCUUUAGUAUUUAGUCAUUAUAAGAAAAUGAUUAGAACAAAAUUUUAUUUUAUGAUAUGUAAUUCUUUUAUAUAGGGAUUAUCACAUUCUUCUAGUUUUACAAUAAGCUAUUAAACUAGGUUUUAUGCUUUAAGUAAUGCAAUACAAAGUUUUAUGCAUUCAAAGUAAUGCAACACAAAGUAAAGAACACAUUGAAUAAUGGAUUACCUGAAUGUAUAUGUAAUUUAGAAAAAUUUGGAUUGUUUUGAAAAGACCCAAUUUUCAGGUUCUCAUUUUGACUGUUAUCGUUUCCAAUUGCCAAACAUAUUCCAAUACCUACUGUAUGCCAGGUAUUUUGCUAGGUGAUAGUUGAUGUGGCAGCCUAUUCCCCCUCCCCUUUUUAAACAAUUUCAGAUGUAACCAGAAAACAUGAUACUUAUAAUGACGUUUCCUAAAUAAAUAUGUUCAUGCUACUAAAUGUGAAGUGUUUACAUGACCUAAA